AUGAAAGCUUUCCUUGUGCUCCUGCUGGGAGCACUCCUGUGCGUGGACUCAGGUUCAUCUUUGCAGUGUUACAGCUGCUCAUCCCAGCUCAGCAACUCCAACUGCAUGACAAAGAAGAAGGACUGCGGCGAGAACAAUAUGUGCAAGACAGAAGUGAUCCGGGUUGUGGGGCUCUUCAGCCUCAUCAGCAAGGGAUGUGACCCCUCGUGUGAAGCAUCCUACCAGGACUUCAACGUGGGCAACAGGAACAUCUCCUGCUGCAGCAGUGACCUCUGCAAUGUCAACGCUGCAGGCAGUGUGAGGUCCAGCUAUGGGCUGGCCGGAGGGAUAGCGGCCGGAGUGCUCUGGACCGUCCUCAACAACAAAUUUUGA